AUGUCCUUUACCAGAACAUUUUCUCUUCUGUUUCUUUGGAAGGCCACCAUUUUAUCAAAUCUCUCUGUGCGGUCGCACGUCUCUCCGUCUGUCUGGGGAAGAGAAAGCUGACCCGAAUUCGUUGUUUCUUUUCCCACCUACUUUGGUUGAGAACGGGGAAGUAAGGAGAAAAGAAAACUUGGGCAAACAUUGGGGUUUUUAUUUAUUUUUUGAAAGGGAGUUUGGAGAAGCGAGGUCGAAAAAAUGAUCUUUUGAGAGUGUUUUUCGUGAUUUUCAUAAAAUUAUAGAAGGGAUCAUGAGAAUUUUCAGACGGCUAUAAGAUUUUUAGAUUGGGUAGACUUUAAAAAAAGCGUUCAAAUUAGGAGAUUUGGGUUUGUGAGCCCUUGUACAAGCUUUUAAGCUUCCUGAGCUCCUGGAGUCAUUUCUUGCCUUUUUCCCAUAAAUUUAAAUAAAAAAACUAUCAAAUAAAGUUGGAGUGGUCCAAGAUCGAGUUCUCAUCCCAGAACUUUGUUCGAAAAUUCCGGAUUUUUGACCUAUACAGUUCCAUAAACCUUCGAACUUUUAAAAGCUUCAAAAUAAUUCAAAGAUGCAAAUUUUUAGGAAGAACAUCUGCUAUCAUGGCGACACCGACUAGGAGUGAAUGCUCGCGGAAAAUUGGCCACUUUAACUGAAAGACCAAGACCGGAUCCGUGUGCCCAGUCCCAGUACAGGUAUAGCUAUGGCAUUUUAUGAAAUUUUUGUCUGUUUUCCAGACUUGACUAUGACCUUUUCGCUCAAGUAUUCCCAAGACUACUGCCUUGGCCUGUGAGCGACAUCUUUGUGAUACGAGUUUUCCGGGUAAGGGUUUGGAUUUUCUAGGUUAAAGUCUGAAUAAGAGUGCUUUAAAAUGAAUGCAAGCAAAAUUUCUUUAGGUCCGUUAAAAAUGAUUUUUUUUUAAAUUAAAGACUUGAAUUCACUUUUUCCUUACCAAGGGCUCAUAUCAGCCCAAAUUCGGACUUCUUAUUGAGAUAAGGCUCAUCAAAAUUAGGUUUUAAACUCUGAUUACGCGUCUGACUAGAGAUCAAAAGUUGCCGGAGAAUCAAAAAAAUCCAAGGUUAAACAUUAUUUUCUGAGUUUUUUUUGGAUCUGAGAUGAAGCUAGCUCUAGUGAAAAUUAGAAAGUUUUGUCUUUCUUUUUGCGAGGAAAGCAGGAUUUUUUUGAUUUCUGUAGGCUCCAGACGUUCUUUGAAGCCUGCGGUUCAAUCUUUGGGGUUCUAGUUUUAGAAAGUUAGAGAGCGUAUGAAAAGGAGAGAGAAUGUUUUUCUUGUUUCUCUGAAAGCCCUCUUGUUUACCAGUGCUCUCUAGCUUUUCGAAGAUUCAAACCUCGAAGGUUGGACUCAUUCUUCAGUCAUUUUGUGACCUUAUAAUUUUUUUCAAAGGCUUUUUUUUGCAGUUUUUGAGCUCAAACUAAGAAUCACUGAUAAAUAUUACGAACAGGAAAAGUCUCAUUUUGAAGUUCCACUGUCAACUGAGACUAGAUGCUGGCCAAUUCCUAAGAAUCAGAAGGUUCUUUUUAGCUCCUGGACAUUUCGGAGAGCGGCCUUUUGACGUUCCGUGACCUGGCAAUGACUCUCUCGAUUCUACUUAGAGGCGAGGCGACGGACAAGCUCGCCUUGUUCUACAAAUGCCAUCUGCCGCCGGCUUUCAACAUGUCGGACCUCGAUGAGAUCGCGCCGCUGGACGAUGAUCGGAAUAGAGAUGGUGAGAGUAGAAACAGGCUGAAAAUAUGGUCUCCUAAGGUGUCAAAAUUCGUUUUAGCAGUUUUUAAUUCAUGAAGUUUGACCACAUUAGCUUUUUCAUCGUCUGAAUUUUAGCCGACGAGCCCGAAGAAGCUCUCGAAGCCGCCGAGGCGCUCGGAACACCAAAGAAGAAGACGGCGCCGUUGCCUGAAAGAUUCAUUCCGAUUCCGCCUCGAGAACACUUGGCAAGCGUUGCCAAGCCGAAAAGCGUUGGAUCACCUCCGCAAGGAGGAACUAGUCGGGUUGGUUUAAAUGACUUGUAUCAGAAGUUUUUUUAUUUUUUCUUAAAAGUUCUUUGGUACUAGAAUUAAACCUGGAGUGUUAGUUUUUGUUUUCCCGCCUUCAAAAAAUCUACAGUUUUAAAGUUAUUUUUGCUUUGAAUUUAUGCGAAACUCGAAAAGAAAAAGUUCAAAAAGAGAGAACGUUUUUCCUGUAGACUCGCCACGACACUCCUUCAAGCGCCGUCAUGAUCGAAUCGGACGCCGAGUCGUUGAUCGACCUCAUCGCCGCCAGAUCCAUCGGAAGCUGUCCCUCCGAACAUAGCCAUGAGAGGAUCCACCUCGGCGAUGAAGCUAGUGAAGGUAUGCCCAACUAUGGAAAAAAAAUCUUGAUAUUUCUUUUGAAAUCGUUGUUCUUGCUGGAAAGUCAUUCCUCAGGUGAUAUUGGGAACGUUUUGCUUUCGGUUCCCCGGAAGGCGUUUGGAAGGUUUCCAACAUGUUGUCAAACGCCUUCUACACAUCACCCAGAAGCCUGCUGGAAGGCUUCUGGCAGGCUUUUAUGAUUUUUCACCUUCCAAAGACCUUCGAACUACCUUCUGAACACUUUCCCAAAGCCUUUUCAAAACCUUCCAGCUUCCAUUCAGGUAAAAGUUGGGAAGCUUCUGCUUUCGGUUUCUCGGAAGGCGUUGGGAAGGUUUCCAGCAUGUUGUCAAACACCUUCCAAGCGCCUUCUACUUUCCAGAAGCCUGCUGUAGGGCUUCUGACUUCAAACCAGCUCCUGAACACCUUCCCAAGGCCUUCUCAAGGCUUUCUAGCUACAAUUCUUUUUCCAAAAACCUUCCAAAAACCUUCUCUGAUUCAUUAAUUCUCAUUGGUCCAAAAAUUGAGAAAAUCUCAGUGGAAAAAGAAAACUUUAGACUCGUUUUCCUUGGUCGAUGAGUCGAUCGAAAAAAUGAAGCAUCUCCGGGCGACGACCUUAGCCGCUCCAGAAGCCAUGACAACAAGAAUGGAAAUCAAGAUGCUCCCCAUCAUGAGCCAGGUACAUAAAGAGAUGCGAAAAUCAUUAACUUUUGAGAUUUAGGUCCAAUUCAUCCAGUUCUGGAAGACUUUCUACGACCUACUGAGUGGGAAAGAAACCGACCAGAAGGUUUUUCAUUCCCUGGCUGUUGUUGGUUAGUACUAACUAAAAAAAAUUACUCAAAAUUCUUGGUUUUUUUUAGCUACUCUCCUGCUGCAACUUGGUGAAACUCACAAGGAGCUGCAGGCCAAGCUCGAGGCGGAGAUUGCUGACGCCAUGAAGGAGGUUGAGAUCGAGGAGAAGGAGAAGGAGAAGGAGGACGAGGAGGAGGAGUUUGAGGAAGAUCAGGAGAUUGAUCCGGCCGAGGUCCAGCGACGAAGGAUUGGAGAUAUGAAGUCUUGGUGGGCAGGAAAAAUGCCUUGAAAAGGGCUGCUGAAAGAAAAGAGAGGAAAAUCAUCAAAAAAAUAGCAUUGGUUGUAAAAAAAAAAUGUCUAAAAGAAGUGGCGAGAGCUACUCUUUGAGGGGGAGUUAUUUUUAAUCGAACUGCAAUCACAGGUUCCCGUUAAACUUUUCCGUUUUUCCAAGGGGUCCCAAAAAAGGGAGGGGGGUCUUCUUUUCAUCGGGCACAGUGUAUCAGGUUGACGAGAUAUGAAUCAGCGUUUUUGUUGGUGAUUUAUUUCACUAUGAAUUUUUAUAGCGAUCGAUUGAUUCGAAAAUUGAUUUUUAUCGGUACCUGUUAAUUUCUACCGAUGCCCUCACGGAGAAUGAAUGUCCUUCUCAAAUUCUUGCCUUUUAAUGCCAUUAAAAUAGACAAAUCGAAAAUGUCCUGCAGGCCAUCCUAAUGAUAUUUUCAACUUUUUUCUUCGAAAUGAUUGUGAUGGGAAAAUUAAAUUCAAAAAAAAGGGAGUUUUCUGUUCCUUUCGCUUAGUUCUCAUUCAUUUUUUGGACGGAAAAAUAGAAAAGUCUCGAAAGAAACCAUUCAAAAUAUCUUCUGUAAAUGUCAGUUUCUAAAGUUUUUGAAUGAACUUUUCAAAACUUCAGUGUUGCCGACGGAGAAUGGCGCGUGAACCUAGAACAGAUCUUAGCCUCUGUUUUGUCAGAACAGCCGUUGGCCGACUUUUUCGAGACGAAAUAUUCGCUGGACGCCCUUAUCAAGAGGUUUGUUGAGGGCUCGAAGUUGAGAAAAAAGCCUUUUUCUGAUUGAAAAUAUUGGACAGAAUGAAAAAAGGUAGUUUUGAGUCUGUUCAGAUUUUGAAUGUUAGAAAACCGCUUAAGCUCCGCCCCUACGGGCGCGAUAAACCAAUCAGAGUUUUGAAUGACGUCAUUUUACUUGACAUUUAAAACCUAAACACACUAUAGUUAUCUGGAGACGGCUGAGAAAAAAAAUUCCACGUUUUCCUUGUUGGCAAAAUUAUGUCGCAUUUGGAAUGGCUCAACGCGUCGCGGUCGUGCUGCGGUUUGAGUUGAAGCCAUUUUAUUAACCGCCUAGGAGCUUCACGCGUUGAGCCAUUCUCAGUGCGACCAGAAUUUUACAAAUCGAUUUAUUUCACUACUUUCAGAUACUAUAAAACUCGAUUCUCGACGAGUUUGAAGGACGAUUUUUUGGCCCUAUAA